AUGUACGGCGACGCCUCCAACAAACUCAUCCUCGACUCAAAACGCACCCUCUCCCUCGACCACCUCCCCCCCUACCAAUCCUCCCUCAUCACCUCCAUCAUCCGCGAAAUCCGUUCCCUCACAAACGACACCCACACCCUCCUCACCACCGCCGGCCCCGACUUCAUCCCUUCCCAAGACCCCGGCACCGCGUGUCAACUCCUGAUCCACCACCUCUGUCGAGUCCGAAACAAGAGAUGCUUGAUGGCCUACCACCGCCUCCGCGCCCAACGAAUCGCACAGCUCUGCUGGGAGGGGAUCGAAGUAGAAGAAACCCGACGCGCGAAUUGGAGUCCCGAGGAGGGUGAGUAUGGACGGAGGUAUAAUGAACUGUUGGCGGGGUAUAAGGGACAGUGGACCGAUGUUGAUUUGACGGGGAGUUUGGAGCCGCCGAGGGAGUUGUUUGUUGAUGUUAGGGUGUUGCGGGAUGCGGGGGAGAUUCAGACGGAGUAUGGGGUGAUUACGUUGACGAAGAAUUCGCAGUUUUUUGUGCGGCAGGGGGAUGUGGAACGACUCAUCCAGCAAGGAUAUCUGCAAAAGUUGGACUGA